AUGAGAAACCUCAUUGGGAGCGUGAAGCAGGAGAAUGAGGACUGGGUCAAGGGCAUGUUUAAAGGCUGGGAUCUCUCUGGCAUUGCUUCCUCCAAGUUUGCAGCCUCCGCACCUGUCGUUGCUGCUGCCACCAUGGGAAGAGAAUGGUGGGAGAAUGGCAAACAGGUCCUCGAGCGCCUGGACAUGAGUAAAUGUGGUGGCAGCGUCCUGAAGAUCAUGUCAAGGUACCUCCGGAGUGAAUGCAGUCAGAGGCGUCGCCUGGCGCUCAGAGGCCUCGUGGUGCCCAGCAAGGAUCCCUCGAUGGCCAGAAGAAUGUGUAGCGUGUCUCAAAGCCUUCUGCAGCUGCUGGGGGAUGAAGAUAGAGAGGUGGUCAGCAUGAGCCUCCACGUGUUCACCAAUGUGCUCCAGCACAAAGACAUCCUGGGGGCUCGGCUGCCUCCUGCCCUGGCGCCUGGCGGGCUGCAGCCUCCUCCAGGCCUUGGCACAGGGACAAAGGUCUUGUGCCCUGGGCUGUGGGGCCAUCUCGGGGUCUCUGCUGCUCUCCAGGCCUCUCGGGAAACGCUGCAUUGUGCGGCCAAGUUCCUGAACAGGAGGGAUCUCGAACAGCUGCUGGAGAAGGAGCAUCUGUGGAAGUUUGCUGAGGUCCUGCUGGCAGAGGACAGGAGCCGAGCGGCCGAGCACCUGCGCCGGGCCCGGCCCUACCUGCAGAGCCCACAGGGGCCCCUGCGAGAGGCGGCCGUCCGGUUCAUGGGUGAGCCAGGAGCCCGGGCUCCCUCCCCGCCCCGCCGCAGCUCGGCCCCAGCCCCGCCUGCUGCCCCGCCGGCGCCAUCCGGGCCCGGCGCCACGGAGCCCCGCCUGGCCUGGGCGCUGCUGCCGCCCUCCGGCAGCCGUGCCCUUGGGCGGCAGCGUGCGGCAAGGGCCCGGGCUGAGCCCUGCCGGGCCACGAGGCCGUGUGGCCACAGGGCUGGCAGCGCCGCUGGCAGGGAGCUGUGCCGCUGGGCCGUGACAGGCUCUGUGUUCGCAGGGAUGGCCGGGCGCAGCUCGAGGGGGCAGCAGGGAGAGCUCCAGCUGAUCUGCAAUGGUGAGUGAGGGCAGCGGGCUGACAGCGGGGGCUGGCGGGGGCAGCUGCGAGCCCUGCCCCGGCUGCAGUGGGCUCUGCUCCCGGUGCGCACCAGGGCUGCUGUGGGCAGAGCACACAGAGAUUUCAGGCACACGUCGGGGA